AUUUGCGACACAAACUAGACAUUAAAAAAAAAAAAAAAGUGUCUGAUUUCAACCUCCAAAUUUCAACGUGGACGGUGAUCCAUUAAAACAAUGACCGUUCCGGCUGUUUUUAUGGAUCUUGCUCCUGAAGAUCAGGCGCAAGAACUACGUAUUUUCUUCAAGGGUCUCGGUGCAGAAAUAAGUGAUGAAAAAUCACCAAGAGGUAUUGAAGAUGAUUUACAUAAAAUCAUUGGCGUCUGUGAUGCCUGUUUUAAGGAAGGUGACGAAAAAGACAUUGAAAAUAUUUUAAAUAACAUUGUAUCAAUACUGAUUCAUAUACCAGUUGAACGUGCUGAAAAUUUAAUCCUAGCAUUUUGUGAAAAGCUUAAAAAAGCAACUGGACUUACAUUAGGUUCAGUAUGUUUAAAAGCAUUGUGGUUAUUAUUUCAAUCAUUAGAAGAAAAAUCACCAAUGAGAUAUCAUGUUUAUUAUAAUUUGGUACAAAUUGCACGUAAUGUUGAUCAAGUUCAAGCUGUAUACAGUGGUGUUGAAGAUCUUAAAGAACAAUUUAAGGCAUUUCCACCAAAUAAUGAACAAAUGCAAAAGCUAUUACGUUUAUUACAUGAAAUAUUAUUGAGUUGUAAAAAAGGUGAUCAAGCUGCAGCAGUUAUGGUUGAGCUACUUGGUACAUAUACUGCUGAAAAUGCAUCAGAAGCACGUCAAGAUGCACAACAUUGUAUUCAAGCUGCUCUUGCUGAUCCAAAUACAUUUUUAUUGGAUCCAUUACUUGCUUUAAAACCAGUUAAAUUUUUAGAAGGUGAACUUAUUCAUGAUUUGCUAUUUAUAUUUGUUCAAGAAAAAUUACCAGCAUACAUUACAUUUUAUAAAAAUCAUAAAGAUUUUGUUGAAACACAUAUUGGAUUAAAUCAUGAACAAAACAUGAAAAAAAUGCGAUUAUUGACAUUCAUGCAACUUGCUGAAACACAUCCUGAAAUGUCAUUUGAGACAAUACAAAAUGAACUACAAAUUGCUGAAGAAGAUGUUGAAAGUUUCAUCAUUGAUGUCUUAAAGACAAAACUUGUACGUGCACGUAUGGAUCAAUCAGGACGUAAAGUUUUGAUUUCAAACACAAUGCAUAGAACAUUUGGUAGACCACAAUGGAUGCAACUACGUGAUUUACUUGCUGCUUGGAAAACUAACUUGUCUAGUGUCCAAGAUGGUAUGAAAACAGUUGCUACUGCACAAAUGGAACUUGCUGCCAAGGCUAAAACAUCAAAAGCCCAUUAAACAUUUAAUUGUUUGUUUUUUUUUUUUUUUUUUAUCAUAUUACUUUUUCCAUAUGAAAAAAAGAAUUAGUAAUAAUUUUUUUUUUUAAACUAAAUUUAUCAUGUCAUGUAUAAUGAACUUUUCAAUACUAUAAAAAAUAAAUUGAUUCUAUACUGAAUCUUAAAACAA